ACCUCACACAAUGAUCAGAAAGGGAGUUACUGAGAGUUUUGGGGCAGCAGUCUCCUGUCUGAGCACAUCUCAUCUGACCGAUGAAGUGAUCAGGAGGAGCAAGAGAAUGAUACUGGACACGCUGGGAGUGGGAUUGCUUGGAACCAGCACCCCAGUCUUUAACACAGUACUUCAGUGCAGCCAAAGGCAGCAAGCAUUGGAAAACAGCAAGGUCUGGGGAAGACCAGGAUUAUCUCUUCCACCUCAGUAUGCUGCCUUUGUUAAUGGGGUUGCGGUACACUCUAUGGACUUUGAUGACACCUGGCAUCCAGCCACUCACCCCUCUGGUGCUGUGUUGCCAGCUGUUCUGGCACUGGCUGAAACUCUGCCUGUUAAACCCUCUGGCCUGGAGCUGUUGCUGGCUUUCAAUGUAGGCAUAGAGGUUCAGGGGAGACUCCUGAGGUUUUCUAAAGAGGCACACAACAUUCCCAAAAGAUUUCACCCGCCUGCAGUUGUUGGGGUUAUGGGCAGUGCGGCAGCUACGGCUAAACUUUUGGGUCUCCCAGCGGCCCAGAGCAUAGCAGCUCUAGCGAUAGCCUGCUCAUCUGCUGGAGCGCCCAUGGCAAAUGCUGCGACUCAAACCAAACCUCUCCACAUGGGCAAUGCUGCCCGAGGGGGUCUGGAGGCCACCCGACUCGCUCUCCUCAGCCUUGAGGGUAACACACAGAUUCUGGAUCUGGAAUCAGGCUUCGGGGCCUUCUAUCCAGAUUAUGUCCCUCACCCACUGGCUGAGGUCACCCCUACUUCUCAUUAUAGGUGGGUGUUAGAAGACCAGAACAUUGCACAGAAGCGCUUUCCCGCCCAUCUCGGGAUGCACUGGGUGGCAGAUGCAGCAAUAGAAGCAAGGGCGAAAUUUCUGGACAAAUGCCCAAAUGCAGAUCUCAGUCAAAUCAAGAAGAUCACUCUCAGAGUGCCCACAUCCAGAUAUGUAGACUGCCCUCUUCCAGUUAGCGAGCACCAGGCCAGACACUCUUUCCAGUUCAACUGCUGUACCGCACUGCUGGAUGGAGAGGUCACUAUCGAGACCUUCAGCAAAAGCCAUAUGAACAGGAGUGCCCUAAAGGAGAUGCUUCUGAAAGUACAGCUGGAAAAUCCACAAGACAAUCAUUCGAGCUUUGAAAAGAUGUAUUGCGAAAUUGCAGUGGAGACAACACAGGGGGAAAUGUUUACUGCACGCUGCAACACUUUUUACGGUCACUGGAGGAAACCUCUUAGUCAUGAGGAUCUGGUGAGGAAGUUCAGGGCUAAUGCUUCGACUGUGCUGAGCGCUGAGGUCGUGGAGGGUAUUAUUUAUACUGUAGACCAUCUGGACACAAACCAAGACUGUUCAAUGCUUUGGUCAUACAUGCACUUUAAUAAGCACAUGAUGCAUAGAGAUGAGUGUCGCUCCUCAGCUUUGGCCUGAAUGAUUGUGUAUUGUGGCAUCAUUUAGGCUAAUAGAAAGUAUGUUGUUGAACCA